AUGUGCGACUACACACAGGUGGAAUACAAAUGCGGCCAUCUACGCUUUACUGUCCGCGCAUGGUGCGUUCGUUAUCAAGAAACGCAUGUCAGAUGCGCUCCGAACAUCGUGGCAAUCGAAUACAGACUGCAUGAGUAUUGUGGUAAGCAAACUCUGUCCCAAUGGCAACGACGAGCUUAUCCCAAUUGA